AGCAGCAAGUAAUACGUACUUGUGUGAUGCCCACAAAUUUUACUUUCCUUGACAAUGGAUUUUGGUGUAGUGUCGAUUGAGCUUACGGAAAUUAUAGUGCUUGUUAUCUAAGUUUUGGUGGGGAUGAUAUAGUCUCUUCUGGGAUUUUGCCCCUCUUGUGUAUUAACUAUGCUAGUUGUUUUGUGCAGGAUCGUUUUUCUGAGAUCAUUAGUUGGCAAUAAGGAUUGAUAGGAUAUAAUGCUUAAUUUGUUUCUGUCGGAGCCCAAUUGGAAAGAUGAUGACUCUGCUGAAAUGAGAAUGUCUCUCUUGAACAAAUUGGAAUCUGUCAUUUGGUCGUUGAUGGCUUCUGGAGGUCGAUCAGAGGCUAGACUAUGGCUUUGCAACACUAUAGCUGGCAUAACUUCUAUCACUCCUAAUCAUCAACGUGAGUUAUUUAUCGACUUAUUGAGAUCUAAGCCACUGAAGAAGCGCUUAGCAACUCAGCUUCUGCACAUGAUAUUUGAUAAUAGGCCACAAAGAGCAGGGUCUAUCAUAGCCAAGAGAAGUUAUGUGCUUAGGAAAUUUUUCAAAGGAAACCCAACACGCAUAUCUCAGUGGUUUUCUAAAACUGUUUCUGGAUUGGGGCAGGGACAAGGUGCACUAUCCCAAUUUGCUUUUGUUAAUCGUGAUAAUUGUUGGGAGGAGCUUGAGUGGAAGGGAAAACAUGGGCAGUCACCGGCAGUAGUUGCUACAAAACCCCAUUACUUUCUCGAUUUGGAUGUGCAGCAAACUGUAGAGAAUUUCCUUGAAAAUGUGCCUGAAUUUUGGUCUUCCAAUGAGUUUUCUGAGUCACUUAAAGGUGGUGAAAUUUUGUUCAUUGAUAGGAACUUUUUUGUUCUAUAUUUUCUGGAUUUGAUGUACAAAGAAGAUGCCAGAGAUGUAUGGGAGGUUACAAAUGAGUUCCUGGAGGAGGAGCAAUUUUCUUCCUUGUGUAAACACCUUCUUAUUACUCUUGAGGAGUCGGACUUAUGUGAGUUUCUUAAAAUGCUUCAUAAACAUGUCAAGCCUAGAGUGGAAUGCAAAGAUCCUAUGGACUCCUCUUAUUUGUUUGAAGUUGUAGUAUCUAAGUGCAGAGAUUGUGGGUGCUUUGAUCAGAUAUUACUGUUAAAUGCAGUUUUCAACUAUGGACGCCAGCUUCUACGGCUUUUACGAGAUGAAGGAGCGCCUGAGGAUCAAGCAAAACUACAAGAUAUUGUGUACGAGAUUUGUGCAAUCCCAGGCAAUGAAAACAGCAUGGCCCCAAUAAUUAAAGGGGGAUCUAAGCUGAAGAUUAUAGAAGCAUUUAAAUUAAUGGGGCUUCAGUCAUGGGUUCUCUUUUAUAGUUUAUCAGAAAAGUGUCAGACUCUUCAGUCUUGGGAAUCAUUAUUUAUUGAUAAUGCAAUAAGCUUUCGAAAGUACGAUAAAUAUUCAUUUCUUCAUGGUAAUGAAGCUGCUGAAGAAGGGGGUUCUGAUUUGGAUUACAGAGCAUCCAAAAAAAUUAAGCAAAGGAAAAAGAGUAGUAGAAGGAAAAGAAGAAGGGACUUUGAUUAUGAUGACAAUGAGUUGCUGGAUUUUGAUACUACAACUAUUAGGCUGGAUGUGCAUUCCACUGCCGGAAGUUGGUUGCUCUCACUCGAUGGGUAUUCUGCAUCAUGGAACAGCGCGGAUUUACCUGAAUAUCUUUCCAAGUAUUGCUUGUCGAGAUGGAUAAAGUGGACUGUAGAACAGGGGGAUUAUUGAGCUCAUUGAUUAGGUCCAUCUUCUUCUCCAGUGCUCGGGAAGACGUAAAUAUAAGCAGUUUGGAUUGCCCAGUUUGUUGUGUUUGCAAUUGGAAGGUCUGCAAACUACCUCAUUUGGAUCACAUAUGUGGUUCGGACUAGGCUUUAACAAUUCGUUCCUAACUUUAGUUGAGUGCUGCAAAGACAAUGAUGUUCAUGGUAUGCAUGCUCUAUAUCACAUUUUCAUUUGUCUUCACCUUUGAGCCUUUGACAAGUCCUUUUUGAUCA